AUGGGCUCCAAAUGGAACAGCUGGUAUCUCCGUGGAGGUCUGACUCUUUUGGGUAUCUUUUCUCUGACUGCUCUGAUCCUCAGCUUGGUGAGAAUCCACAGCACCACACAACCUUCUGAGAACAAGUAUGGCUUGGUGUUUGAUGCGGGUUCAUCCCACACGUCCCUCUUUGUAUACCAGUGGCCGGAGGAGAAGGAAAACGAUACGGGCAUGGUUAGCCAGAUGUUCUCCUGCAAUGUCAAAGGACCUGGAAUCUCAAGCUACACCAGUAACCCUCCACAGGCUGGUGGUUCUCUGCGGGAAUGUCUGAAUGCAGCAAUGAGAGUUAUCCCUCCAGAAAGACAGCAAGAGUCACCAGUUUACUUGGGAGCUACAGCAGGCAUGAGACUGCUCAGGAUGCAGAACGAGUCAGCUGCGGCGCAGAUUUUGGAGGCGGUCUCGCAAACGAUCCAGAAAUAUCCCGUGAAUUUCCAAGGGGCUCGAAUUAUCAGCGGGAAAGAAGAAGGGGCCUUUGGCUGGAUCACCAUCAACUAUCUGCUGAACUCUUUCACACAGUACUCUGCAAAAGACCGAGGCUGGAUCCGUCCUCCCUCAGCCAAUAUCCUGGGAGCCCUGGACCUCGGGGGAGCCUCCACCCAGAUCAGCUUCAUCCCGGCUGGUCCGAUCGCAGAUCCAUCCGAAGCCCUGCAGUUCCGCCUCUACGGCUUCGACUACACCAUCUAUAGCCACAGCUACCUCUGCUACGGCCAAAACGAAGCCUUCCAGCGGGUGAUCCGGUUGAUCCUUGAUGGACCUGCCGGCGUUGAGGUGGGUCAUCCCUGCUACCCAAAAGGCUACGAAGAAAUAGUACAGAGGGCAUCCCUCUCUAGCAACCCCUGUACCAAGCCUCUCCCCCCAACCGCAUCUUCGGGGAACGUAACUCUGGUGGGCAACGGGAACGUCACGCUAUGCCGGGAAAAGCUCAAAGCGAUCUUCAACUUCUCCGGCUGUCGAGACCCAUCAUCCUGCGGCUUUGAGGGGACCUACCAGCCGAGAGUCAACGGGAAGUUUCUGGCCUUUUCUGCGUAUUACUACACGUUCCGCUUUUUGAACCUGACAGUCACUAGUCCACUGGCCACUGUUGAGAGAGCCAUCCAGAUUUUCUGUGCCAGAACAUGGAAAGAUGGAAACUGA